AUGACGGACAGGAAAACCAUUGAUUUAGAUCAAGGUUGGGCCUAUAUGCAGAAUGGGAUUAAGAACUUGAAGACAAUUCUUGAAGGAUCAUCGAAAACUCAGUUCAGUUCGAAGGAAUACAUGAUGUUGUACACCACGAUUUAUAACAUGUGCACUCAGAAGCCGCCGCUUGACUAUUCUCAGGAUCUGUAUGACAAAUACAAGGGGUUUUUUGAGGAAUACAUUAGAUCAACUGUUUUGUCUUCGGUAAUAAAUAAACAUGACAACAGUUAUGAAAUAAUGAAUCAGUUGAAAUCUUCUCGCAUCCAUAAGAGUAUCAGAGGGGAAAUAUUAUGUUUGUGGAAACUGCUUGAUUCUCAUUUUCGGCUGAAUUCCUCCAAGUAUGUCGAGCACGACAGUAUGUUUGGUGUUUCUGUCGAAAGUAUGAUUACAAAGAAUCAAUUUUCCGUGGAGACGUUGUUUUAUUGUUGGAUAUGUUGGAAGGAUAACAUUGUCCAGAUGCUGGAUUUCCUUUCAAAUUUCAAAACUCUAGAGCCUCAAGUAGCAAAGCAGUUACGUGAAGUUUGCAUUGAAUUAUUUGGGUGUUCAGAAGCAGAUUUAUAA